GUCUGCCAGUGUGAUUAUUAUUAUUUAUUGUUGUUUUGUUUACUGCUCGAUUCGGUUUAAAAUUAGUUCCGUAAAAGUCAGUAACCGAGGUCGACUAGUGACAUUGUUGUAGUGGCAACAGCACAACAGCAGCACCACCACCACCCCAGAUGUGCGAAUCGUCGAGAAUGACAGGUCGGUCGAGGUCGACGUUUCUGUACGUCUUGGAAAUGUUGUUGUGAUUGCGAAUUCGCCCCCAAACCUUGCUCCGGAGUCGGAAAACCAUCCUCGACCCAAUCGAAAAAACCGCUAACYAAGAUAUCGACUGAACGCGACCGUGAAUAUCGCGCCGCGCAGUGUAGUGAGUGACAGUGAGCAAAUGUUUAGCAAUCAUGGCGAAUCCGAGGAAGUUCAGCGAGAAAAUAGCGCUCCAUACCCAUCGGCAGGCCGAGGAAACGGCCCGAUUCGAGCAGAUCAUGAAAGAGGUGUCCGAUGCGACGGCCAGGGUGGCGCCUGAUAGAAGUUCAUCUAAAAACACUCUUCGCAUCAACACCCAAACAUUGGGCACAUUUCGGGGCGGUUCUCUCCCUAAUGUAUCCGCGGGUGUUUCUACUGUCAAGUCCGCUUCCCAUAAUACAGAAUCGACAAAGGAUGAAGCAACAACCGCAAACAUGGUAAACUACCGACCAGGCAGUAGGGCACGUUCACAAGGCGGACCUAUAAGAAGGCCACAUGACAGAAGAUUAGAUACAUCACCAUAUUCCAGUAAUUCUUUUUUAAGUCCACCGCACGAUACGAGUUGGCGGCGCACGCAUAGCGAUUCAGCCCUACAUCAAAGCGCCAUGCAGGACAUGAAUUCGGAGCGAAAUGACAGCUGCAACAGUAGGUGGAUUAUGCCAAAUAUGAACGGUCCUGAACGAAAUGAAGGGCGACCGAGGUCGAGUUGUGAAGUUCCUCGCGUACCUGGUAUACAUAUAUAUCCUUCGGCUCAUGUGCCCGGAGCGGUUCAAAUACCGAUAAGUGGUAAUAAUACGGGCUCUUUGCCCGAUUUAACUAAUGUGAAUUUUUCGUCGCCGAUUCGAGUACCUUUAGAUCAAGAUGCAGACCAAGGAAGUUCACCCUAUAGUUCUAGUCCUGUAAAUACAAGUCCAUCUACAUUAUCUCCCACAAGUAUACCUCAAGGAGUACGACAAGGUCGUUUUCAUUUUACACAUGUAUCACAUGCACACUCGAAUCAUUUAUCAGUUCCUAGGUAUGCGAAUCAUCUAAAUAAGAAUGUGCCGGUGAAUAAUAAAAGUAUAGCUGGCUUAGUAGACGGAACUGAUCUUACCCAAUUAACCGGAAUUCAGGGAAUGUAUCAGCAACAAUGCCCACCUACUUCACCUUCUCCAACGUUACCACAAGCGUCCGGUUAUCGAAGUCCACGACCGAGUCCCCAGUCAUCGCCUAGUUUAGGGGGACGUCAUUCGGCUCCUUGUAGUCCUGGAGCACCUAGUCCACUGCCGAACGAUUAUAAUAAUAUAUUCAAUCAACACCAAGCGAAUCAAUUUCAACAACAUUUCGAACAAUUAUCGAUGGGAGUGGAUUGGGCGCAGUUGGUGGCUAGCCUAUUGGAGUCAGGCUGCACCUGGAGCGCACAAUUGCAGUUGGACCCACCUGUUAGUAGCGUAUCCUAUGUAGACCAAUCUCCCGGUCAGUUAACAGCAACGCAUGCCCAAACUGUACCAGAAGUGUCGACAGUUGGUAGUAUAGAAUUGACAUCCGAUCCAGGAUAUUACAGUACAUCACCAUCGCAACUCGUUUAUCCGCCAAGUCUGCAUACCACACCAAAUACUCCCACCAGUAUACCCGAUAUUAUAUUAACUGAUUUUUCAUCAGCGACGGACGAUAUAUCUCGACAAGACUUGAGUAAGCAAUUGGAGAACGACUUUUUCUCGGAAGAAUCGCUCCGGGAGAGUCUCGAYCCGUUGAAUUUCGACGAACUUCAAAUGUUGACCGAUCCCAGCAUGAAUUUUAUACCGGACGGGGUGGAGGACGGUUUCAGGUUGCAUCGAUCAUAACAGUGGUAAAUUCACUGCCAAUUUUUCAGUGGGUUCUUAUUGUCAAAAGACAGCAUUUCACAAAAUCUAUUAAGUGUGAUUGUUAGAUUAGUGAUUUCCCAGAAGCGGUAAUAAUGCUGGAGGUGCGGCGGUAUUUCACGUACUGUUUUUCAAUUAAUUUUUAUAGAAAUUCGCGUUUUUUGAUAUUAGCUUGCAAUGAUUUGGAAAAUAUAGGAACAUUUUUACGAAAGACUGAAAAAACAGUUAGACUGUUUUAAAACGAAUUUUGGAAUUUUAAUACACACUUUGAAUUGUUUUUUUAUUUUUUUUUUACUUUUAGGAGUAGAAUUAAGCACAAAAGUUUUAUAAUGAAGACCUCAGCAAUGUUUUUUAUAUAAUAUAAACAAAUCUGUACUAGAACUAGAUGCAUAGGUGUUUGUACAAAUUAUUUAAUUUAGUUUUUUAUUAAGCGUAAUUCGACUAUUUUAAAAAGGUGAUUUCGUUAUUUAUUUCUCUUAAUUACAGGGAGUCAUCGUUUUAAAAUACUUAGUGUUGUAUAUAAUGGGUAGCCAAUUAUGUUUUAGUGACAUUGUAGUGCAAUAUCGGUUUUUUAAAUCAUUAUUUUACGUUGAAAAUAUAUGUUGAAGUACUUUAAUUUUUUAUAUUUUGCGUAUGAUUCUCGUUUCGUUAAGUAAUUGGAUUGGAGUGUACAGAUUAGCAUAGAAGCGCACAAGUUAAUGUAAAGGGAACCCUAUUUUUAUAUUGUCCACACCGUUUACUUAAAUUUUGUAAUUUUCAACAAUGUGAGUCAUUAAAUUAAACACGAAACGAACUGGACAAUGUAAGAAUUCCGUAGAACUAAAUCCGUAUAUCAUACACAUACUCAAAUAUAUGAAUGGCUCUCUUUUCAUCUCCCUUCAACGAUUUAAACGACAAAUUUUCAUUAAGGAAUCUCAAUAUUACAAUGUUCUAAAGCAAAUAAUUAUCUCUGUAAAAUCCAAUUGUUCUAACGUCUCUAGAAUAGUAUUUGUAAGGUGUGUCGUAGAGUGUUGGUGCUAUUUAGUCGCAGAUAUGGAAUGUUGUAUUUUCACAAAUCGGUUCACUAAAUUUGGCUGACAAAUAGUCGAAAACAUAUCAUUUUUGUACAGUGAUGUAAACUGGAUUUGCGUUAAUUAAAUUCGUUUUGUGGAGAAACGACCCAUAUCCCAGCUGUGUUAAGUGUAAAUACAUUUGACUUUUAAGUGACAACAACGUUGUGUUCAGAGUCAAUUUCGCUUAAAAUUAUUUGUUGGUCAAAUUUAAGUCUUUUUCAGUGCUCAAGUGAGAAUCUUUUUUGUUGUAGAGGGUUAUGGGAAUGCUGACUACAUUUAUCGAGUUCAUAAAAGACACUUUUGUAUAUUUGCUUAUGUUUGUAGUCAAUUGAAAGUGUGAAGAUCAAACUAAGUGGACCUAAGUCAUUUUUUCUAGAUGAUAGUUGACUGGUUUGUUCGAUGUAGCAAAUUGUACAUAUUUUUUAAGUACUUGAUAUAUCAUUAGGUUUUCUAAAUGCUAUAUCGACUAAAUCUCGUUUAAUGAAAGUUAAAGUAACCGUUCAUAACUUACCUUAUCUCAUCUUUUGUACAUAUUAGCCAUUGAAUAUCUGAUAGAUUUAUAUACAUACUUUAUUUUAGAUUAAAUCUUAUUCAGACACAAACGUCAAUUGUUGCAUGCUUCGUUGUUAUUUUUUUAAAUUUUAAAAAUAUAUUUCAUGAUUUGUAAACA